GCACAAGGCAAACAGUGACUCAUUAUUUUGAUUCUUAUAACUCAAACUACCAUUGUUACUCCUGUAAUUGAAAGAAAAUUUGCAAAAGAUUUCUUUAAACACCCACACAGGCAUGGAUGAAAGGUUGCAGAAUUUUGCUAAGGAAGGAAACGCAGAUGCAUUUUUUUCAGUACUUGCAGAGGAUCCUUAUGUUUUGGAUCGUAUUGAUCAAGUACCAUUUGUGACAACUCCCUUGCACACAGCUGCAAGGGAGGGAAAGAUCCAUUUUGCCAAAGAGAUACUAAACUUAAAGCCUUCAUUUGCUUGGAAGCGAGACCAUCUUGGGCGUGGCCCCCUCCAUUUGGCUUUGGAGGGGAAGCACCUGCUGGAAGGGCUCAGUCCUCGCGAUUCGUAUUUGGAUGAAAAGUACCAGGAACUUGUAACAUGGUUGAUAAGACAUGACAGUGGGCAUGUCCGCGUUAAAGCGAGGGGGAUGGUUACGCCUUUGCACUAUGCAGCUCAAGUAGACGAUGAAUCCAGCUUGGCUGAGUUUUUGCAUGUUUGUCCAUCAUCAAUCGAAGAUUUGACUGUUAAAUCUGAAACUGCUGUCCAUGUCGCCCUCAAAAACGGGAGUUUGAAAGCCUUGAAAGUCUUGUUAGGAUGGCUUCAAAACGUCAACAAAAAGGAGAUCCUGAACAGGGAGGACGAAGAAGGAAACAAUGCAUUGUAUACUGCAGUAUCUGCAAAUCAACCUGAGGCGGUGAAGCUGUUGAUGGAACAUAUGAAAGUGAAUAAAAAGAACAGUAAAGGUUUGACAGCUUUGGACAUCUUUUAUGAUCGCCAAGGUGAAGGUUUGGGGGAUGCAGCAGUUAGGGACAUUCUACUUGCUGCUAAAGCUAAAAGAGCAUCUCAACUCCAUCGUCCUUCACAAAAAACUUCACUAGUCGAGAAGGCCUUAUCAUUUUCAGGAAGAAUUCAGAAAAUCUAUGGUCUGGAUGACCUACACAUGGAUAAAAUUCCUGUUGAAGUCAAAAACGUACUACUUGUGGUAGCUGUAUUGGUAGCCACAGCCACCUAUCAAGCAGCGCUAAGCCCCCCCGGAGGAUAUUGGCAAGAUGAUGGCAAUCUGCAGUCUGCAGCCAACAAUAUCAGUAACAUUACCACCUCCGCUGUCAGUAACACCAACACCACCACAGCUAUCAGUAACACCACCACCACCCUCAUUCGUACAGAGCCUUCUGAACACCGUGCAGGGAAAAUGAUUCUGGGGUCUGACCUCCAGUUAGUAGCUUUGUUAUUUAAUUCUGUUGCUUUUUUUACGUCUUUGUGCUUGAUUUCGACUCUCGUAGUUGGGCUCCCACUUGACAAAUUAAGUAUGGCACCGAUAACUUACAUGGCAAUUUCGUAUUAUGUUUCUAUUCUUGAAACUUUUCACUACACCGGAAAUACCUAUGUAGGGUAUUUCUUUCUCUAUUAUCUGACUGCAGGUGCUUUUGCAGUAUUUUAUAUUCCAUUUGUUUUAAUCAAAUGGAUCCGACCACGUAAGGUGUAAAGUUAGGAACCUAUGUAGAAAAGUGAAUUUAUUUUUUAGCUGCCACUUGUUUACAUUUUGUUUUUAGAGUCGGCAAUAUUGUUUGUAAUGUUACACCUGCCUUUAAUAGAUUUAAUGAAGUUGUUCUAUGUUGUUUGUAA